AUGACCCAGGAGCGACUGUGGCAGGUCCUAGACCCAUCAUGGGCAGACCCUCGCAUCCUCUCAGCCUUGCUCUGCGGUUCAGCUGCAGCCAUUGUGCUGCUGAAACGGCUGGGGCACAGGAGGAUCCAGCAGAAGAUGGAAGAGGCAAGGAGAGCACGGCAUCUGGCCCUGGAACAAAUGGAGAAGGCAGCUCGCAGGUUUAAACAAGAGAACCCAGGCACCCAGACGGCACACAUCCUCUCGCUGCCCAUGGUGGAGCUGGCGGAGAAGCUGAAGGAGGGGUCCCUGUCCCCAGAGAGCGUCCUCUACUCCUACAUGGGCAAAGCUUUGGAGGUGACUCGGGAGGUGAACUGUGUGAUAGACUUCAUUCAUGGCUGUGAGGAUCAGCUCCAGAAAGUGAAGAAGCAGAAGGAGAAGGGGCUGCUCUAUGGCAUUCCCGUCAGCAUCAAGGACCACAUUAACUGCAAGGGCCAUGUCUCCUCUGCUGGGCUGGUGAAGCUUCUGGGCCAAGUGAAGGAAGAAGACAGCGUCAUCGUCCAGGUUCUAAAGAGCCAGGGGGCAAUCCCCUUCGUGAAAACCAACAUCCCUCAGACAAUGAUAAACUAUGACUGCAGCAAUCUGAUUUUCGGCCAGACCCUGAACCCCCUCAACCACCAGAAGACCCCCGGAGGCUCCUCAGGAGGGGAGGGAGCUCUGAUCGCAGGGGGAGGCUCCAUCCUGGGCAUCGGCUCAGAUGUGGCGGGCAGCAUCCGCCUGCCGUCCAGCUUCUGCGGGCUGUGUGGGCUCAAACCCACAGGCAACAGGAUCAGCAAACUGGGUGUGGUUUCUCCUAUCACAGGAAUGUACUCAGUGACAGGGACGCUGGGGCCGAUGGCGAGAGAUGUGGACAGCCUGGCCCUCUGCAUGAAGGCACUGCUCUGUGAUGAGAUGUUCCGGCUGGAUCCCACCUUGCCCCCCAUCCCCUUUGAUGAGGAGGUUUAUACCAGUUCAAAGCCACUUCGGAUUGGGUAUUAUGAAGGAGAUGGCUACUUCCAGCCCUCACCCAGCAUGAAACGGGCCAUCCAGGAGACCAGAAAGCUCCUCCAGGAAGCAGGGCAUACGCUUGUUCCCUUUGCACCGCCCAAGAUUGACUACGUGGUAGACGAGCUGUUCACCAGAGGGAUUUUCUCGGAUGGUGCUGCUCACCUGGUGGACUGCUUCAAAGGAGACAUCGUGGAUCCCAACCUCAAAUCCCAGUUCAAUACGUACAGGCUUCCUGCUCUGGUGAAAAGGAUCUUGGCUAUCAUUUUGAAACCCAUAUAUCCACGAAUCGCUCGAGAUCUCAGCGCUCUCUGUGGAGUGGGGUCUGCUAAAAACCUCUGGGAUCAGCAUGCAGCAGUAGCGGUUUACCGUACCGAAUUCAUUGCUAAAUGGAGAAAGCAAAGACUGGAUGUGAUUCUCUGUCCUGCACUGGGUCCAGCCUUUAACCAUGGCUAUGCUGGGAAGCUGUUUGCUGCAACCUCCUAUACCAACUUAUACAAUGUCUUAAACUUCCCUGCUGGAGUGGUGCCAGUCAGCACAGUCACAAGAGCUGAUGAAGAAGAACUGAAGCAUUACCGAGGGCACUAUGGGGACCCUUGGGAUAAGAGGCUAAAAGAGGCUGUGGAAGGAGCUGUGGGGCUGCCUGUGGCUGUCCAAUGUGUGGCUUUGCCGUGGCAGGAGGAGCUGUGCCUGCGGUUCAUGAAGGAGGUAGAAACACUUUCCCGUGGCACAAGGAGAAAUGUGUGAUUUAUCAGAAUCUGCCUUC